AUGAGCAUGCUUCUCGGUCUCUCUGAAUCGCUGCCUAGCCUGGUGGACGCCAAAUUCAAGUCGGCAAAGGCAACCUCGAGCUUGCUCUUUUCGCCAACAGAGCUCGCGAUAAUUCGCACGUCAACCGGCAUUCCAUUUCAAUUGCGCUAUUGUCCGUCGCUCGCAAAGAAGCCCACGCCUAAGCACGAUGCUACACCAAAGAAACAAUUCGACCCCUUCGCCGAUCCCCCGCCAGCGCUCCACCUCGUAGACAUUCCUACCACAAAUCCGAGCCACAUACUCGUCCUCAACAAAUUCCCUGUCAUAGCGGGACACUUCAUCCUCGCCACAAAAUCGAACAAACAACAAACACAUGCGCUGGAGCAAGAUGACCUGGAGGCUACGUACGCUUGCUUGAAGGCGUGGCAUGAAGGGAGCAAUCAGAAGCGUUUGUUUGCAUUCUUCAACUCCGGGGAUCAUAGCGGAGCGAGCCAGCCGCAUAGGCAUUUACAGUUUUUGCCGUUGGAGGGUAUGCGGGAUGGUGAGGUGGCUGCGGGGUGGGAAUUGCUGAUUGAUCGUAUUCUGGAGGAUGAUUCGGGAUCUGGCCUGUUACAGCAUUCUGCUCUACCUUUCUCGCAUUUUGCUCGGAAGUUUGCUGCUGAACCGUCGGGCGCACAGCUACUUGACGUUUACAACGAACUCUACCACGCAGCGAAAGAAGUGGUCGACGACUUCAUUCGUGCUAACCCAGACCAGCUCGCUUUAACUUCUACCAACCAAAGCGAGCUACCCAUAAGCUACAACCUCGCCAUGACCAUGUCCGGUAUGGUCAUUCUACCACGACGAAGCGAAGGCGCCAUGCUCCGACGUCAGGAUGGCAGUGAGAUUGGGUUUGUGGCGCUAAAUGGUACUACACUGGGAGGUACGAUGAUGGUCAAGCACGAGGAAGAGUGGGAUGCGUUACGCUCACAGCCUGAGAAGCUCGACUCUAUCCUUGCUGCAAUUGGCAUUCCCAGAGAGCCUUUGCCGUUGAAGCCGCGUGUAUGA